AUGAUACUGCUAAUAGUGGUUGCAGUGAUUGCAACGUUUUCAACACCCGCCUUUUCCGACGACAGCUUGGAAGGAUUCUGCGAAGGUGUUACCGCUGGAAUAUUUCCCCAUCCGGAUCCGGCACUGUGCUACAAAUACAUUUCCUGCGUCUUCGAAGAGCAUAACGUUUACCAAUGUGCGGAGGACUUUGUGUUCAAUGCCGAGCUCUUUGAGUGUGUGCCGGGCAGCUGGGAUGAAUGCGACGAUGGAAGCGACGCGGACCUGGAAGCGAUUUGCUCGGAGGUGUCGUUCGGUGUUUUCGAGUACCCGAAUGACUGUACGAAGUUUGUGUUCUGUCAGCUGGGGCGGCCAACCGUGGUGGAAUGCUUGAAGGAUGAGAUUUGGUGGCAGGAGCAGGGUGUUUGUUUGUUCGGUAAUCGUGACACCUGUCAGCCGGGUGAUAUAUUUUGCAUGGGUCGACCGGAUGGAAUGAUUCCACAUCCCAACGGGUGCGAGUUUUUCAUCGAAUGCCUUAAUGAGAGGAGUACCGAGUUCGAGUGCCCUAGAGGGCACAUCUUUUCGUUCGGCGCGAACGAAUGUGUGGUGGGAAGUGCCGUAACGUGCCGUUCGUUAGAGGAUGUGUGCGAUGAUACGUCUAGUUCAGCACAUCCGCAUCCGGACUUUUGUGAUUCGUUUAUUCGGUGUGAGGAAAACCGGGUUAGUAUUGAGGAUUGUGGAGAAAACGAGAUUUUCCGGCCAGAUAUUCGAUUCUGUGUUCCUGGAGAUUCGCAGACAUGUGUAGCCAGCCGACCGGAAGUUGCCUGUCAGGGAAGACCCGAUGGAAUCAUUCCACAUCCAGAUAGGUGUAAUCAAUUCAUAAGAUGUCAAGGAGGUUUUGCGAUAGAGGAAAAUUGUCCUACCGGUAUGAUUUUAAGACCAGAUUCGGCUACGUGUGUUGCUGGAGACUCGGAAACUUGUGAACUAUUAGAUGGAGUGUGCGCAGGUCAUCCCAAUGGGUAUGUUAUUGAACAUCCAAACUACUGCGGUAUGUUUAUAUGGUGUCAAAAUGGACAGGCAGAAGUUCAUAACUGUCCGCAAAAUGAAAUUCUUCGUCCGGAUAUGCAGUUCUGUGUCCCAGGUAAUUUGGAAACUUGUGCAGCCGAUCCCAUAGAAAUCAUGUGUGACGGAAGGCAAGGACCAGUUAUCUAUCCACAUCCGGAUCGCUGUGAUCAAUAUAUGAUUUGUGAAGAUGAAACUCAAAACAUUAUCACAUGUCCUGAUGAUCACAUUGUAGAACCGGGCACAAUUCGCUGUGUACCAGGAAAUCCGGAAACUUGCACGCUCUACAACGGGUUGUGCAUUGGUAGACCGGAUGGUGUAAUUCCGCAUCCAUCCCGAUGUCAGCUCUACAUCAAUUGUCAGGAAGAACAAGUUACUAUUGCUUCCUGCCCUGAUGGACAUAUAUUCGAUUCGACUGAAUUUCGCUGUAUUCCGGGUAAUACGGAGACCUGCGAUAACCUGGAUGAUUAUUGUGUCGAUCAUCCAAAUGGAGUGAUUCCGCAUCCAAAUCGUUGUGACUUGUUUAUGAUGUGUACAGACGGAGUGACUUCGGUGCACUCUUGCCCUUGGGGAGAAAUUCUCCGACCCGAUAUGCAGUUCUGUGUUCCAGGUGAUAGGGAUACCUGUGAGUUCACUCCGAUUGAAGGGAUGUGUAAAGGAAGAGAAGAAUUAGUAGUUUAUCCUCAUCCCGAAGAUUGCAAACUAUGGAUAAUUUGUCAUGAUGAGCAGCUGACUAUCCAAUCCUGUCAGGAAGGUAUGGUUCUUGAACCAGGAACAAUGCAAUGUGUCCCAGGCAACAGGGAUACUUGUGAGUUAUACGUCGAUCGAUGUGUAGGCAUAGCGGAAGGUCUACUGCCCCAUCCAUCCGGAUGCCAUCUAUUCCUUCGAUGCACUAAUGGACAAACUUCCGUUGGAACUUGCCUGAGAGGAACCAUUUUCGUUUCGAUCAAUUCAGUUGGACAGUGUAUUUUAGGAAAUACUGACACUUGUGAAUCCCUCAUCGAUGUGUGCGAAUCAUUCCCCGAUCGAGUGAUUCCUCAUCCGAAUUAUUGCGAUCUUUUAAUUGAAUGCCGUGAUGGUUCCACGACUAUGCGGGCUUGUUCAGAGGGUCUAAUACUACAUGAGAACAUGCAGAUUUGUUCGCCGGGUAAUGCUGAUAGCUGUGAGCAUCUCCCAAUAGAGGAUAUGUGUCUGGGACAACCGCAAGCAAUCUAUCCUCCUCCAGACCAAACGCAGUGCUCCGAUUUCGUGGUUUGCAUAAAUGGUUUACCAACGGUCAGCACGUGUGGUGUCGGUACCGUCCUACGACCCAGGUUCCUGGACUGCGUUCCGGGUGAUAUCGAAACCUGCGAAUACUUCCCUCAUCUGUGUCUCUUCCGGCCAAACGAAAAUAUUCCACAUCCAACUCGGUGCGAUUUAUUCAUAUCCUGUAUCUCGGAAGUGGCACACAUUGUUAACUGCGCCAAAGGUGAAACAUUUGCACCAGAAACCGGUCUCUGCGCCCCCGGAGAUCAAGCGACCUGUGAUAGCUUCUUCGACAUGUGCGACGGACUGGAAACCGCUAUUCUAGAACAUCCCAUCCACUGUGAUCUAUUUGUCGUAUGCAUGUCUGGACAAGCUGUCGUAUUUGCUUGUCCCAUCGGUCAGAUUCUUGAUCCGGAAGUUUUGGUUUGCUCGCCAGGCAACGCGGACACCUGCGAACUAUACCCUAUGCCUGAAUCGAAACAUUCGUCCAUUGGAAGCUGUCGUCCAGACGAAGCACACGCUUGCGAGUCUAACGCGGUGGCAGCGACCGUCACCAACGAAAUUUGUGAAAAAUCCGGAACCUACAACGUUCCAUAUCCGUUUGGUUGUCAAAAGUACGUGCAGUGCAUAUCGCGGAAUGCACGAAUCCGUGAUUGUCCGCGAACGCAUGUGUUCAACCCAAUGCUCAACGCUUGCAUCCCAGGAACGCCAGCCAAAUGCAAAGUAUAA